AUGGACCCGGCUUCCAGGAAGCACGAGCACCCCGACGGCAAGGCUCCUGGACCGAGCAUGACCCCAGGGUCUGAUCCGCCACUGAAGGUCAGGAGGGUGUCGCCGCGGAAGAUAGCGAAGUUCUACAACGUGCUGGCGGCCCCGCUGUGCGAGCGCAAGGGCAGGCAGCUUGAGAGCGCAGAACCCGACCGGUUCCGCUUCUUCCCGAGCCGCUGGGAGAAAUUUUCAGAUUCGGGCACGGACAGGAUCGAGUUGGGAGGCUUCACGCCCUUCAAUCAUAUACGGGGCAGCCACGUCCUGUUCCUGGCCGACUUCCACAGCAACGACGCCGUGUUGUCCCAGGUGAACGCGUUAGUCACCCUCUGCGAGUCCUUCAUCCUCAGCCUCACCAUCGCCCUGCCGUACUACCCGCACGGCACAAUGGAACGCGUGGAACGCGAGGGCGAGGUGGCCACGGCCAGCACGGUGGCCCGCAUCAUCUCGCAUUUGCCCUCCUGCGGCUCGCCCGCGCGCGUGAUGCUGUAUGACCUGCACGCUCUGCAGAACCGCUACUACUUCCACGGCAACGCGGCGGCCUCCCUGCACUCGACGGUACCUAUGCUGCUCUCCGCCCUGAGCGCCGACGCGGCUCGAAUACCCGACGCUGCCUCGGGGAAGGUGAGUGCCAUCGCCUUUCCCGACGAUGGCGCCGCCAAGCGCUUCGGGAAACUCUUCGUGCAGGAGGGAUUUCCCAUCAUUAUCUGCGGCAAGGUCCGCGACGGUGACAAGAGGAUCGUACGCAUCAUGGAGGGGGAGUGCAAGGAUCAGCAUGUACUGAUCGUCGAUGACCUCACGCGCUCUGGUGGCACCCUAUACCAGUGCGGCAAGGUUCUCAGGGAAUUCGGCGCCGUGGGCGUCUCAGCAUUCGUAGCUCACGUGGCUAUGCCGCCCGAAGUCUGCAAGAAGUUUUUCAAAAAAGGCAGUCACGGUGCCGGUGAGUACGCGAUCUUUGAUACGUUCUACACCACAGACUCGAACCCGAUCGUCGCAGACAAACUCCCCAAGGAUGAUGUCUUUCGGGUGCUGGACAUGGUGCCGCGGCUGAUGGAGGACCUCGACUGA